AUGUCUCUCGAAAACACAAUCAAGGUCGGAGUUGGUCACUCUGCCGCUACUGUGGGCAGGAUUGGUCACGGUCUCAUGAUGAUGACGUGGCGCGACCCGAACUUUCCCAUCGCCGACGAGGACGCGUUUGCGGCAAUCAAAGCCGGGAUCGACGCCCUCCCUCCCGGCGCAAAGAUGAUGCUCAACAGCGGCGAUUCCUACAGCAACGAUGGUGGCCCGGCGAACAUACGCCUGCUCAGCCGCUUUUUUGCCAAGUACCCCUCGUACGCAGACAGGACCUUUCUCUCCGUCAAGGGCGGCGCCAAGCCGUACACGCACAUCCCCGACCUGUCGUCGGAGAACCUACGCCGGAGCGCGACGACCGUGAACGCCGAGCUCGGCGGCGUCAAGAAGAUGGACCUGUUCCAGUUCGGACGCGUUCCGCGCGCGGAGAGCGGGAUCUCGCUCGAGGACGCGCUCGGCACACUCGCGCAGCUGAGGGACGAGGGCCACUUCGCGCACAUCGGGAUGUCGGAGUGCAACGCGGCGACGCUCCGCAGGGCGCACGCGAUCACCCCGAUCAGCGUGGUGGAAAUCGAGGUGAGCUUAUGGUCGUGGGAGGAGGAGACGAGGAAGGUGAUCGCGGCGGCGAGGGAGCUGGGCAUCGCGGUCGCGGCGUACUCUCCCCUCGGACGCGGCUACCUCACAGGCACCCUCAAGAGUCCGAAGGACCUUAACCCCGGGGACGUGCGACACCUGCUCGAUCGCUUCCGCGAAGACGAGAUGCAGCACAACUUCCGCCUCGUCGAGUCGGUCAAAGGUAUCGCAGAGAAGAAGGGGGCCACUCCCGCACAACUCGCUCUCGCGUGGGUGCUGUCGCGGGGAGAUCACAUCGUCCCGAUCCCCGGGUCCUCGAGUAAGACGCGAAACCUCGAGAACCUCGCCGCGGCUACUAUCGACCUGACGGCGGAGGAUCUGGCGGAGAUAGAUCGAGUGUUGGCCGAGAUCCCAAUCAAGGGCGGUCAGUACAAUGACGCGUGGAACACGUCUUUAUGGGGAUGA